AUGUCGAUAGAUGCAGACACAAAUAAAAAAACGACUUUCAGCGAGUUGGCUCAGCUGUCUGUUGACAUAGCACUCUCGCUGAAACGUCUCAACGUGGGCGUAGGCGACGUUGUCAGCAUUUGCUGCGAUAAACGAAUGGAGUUCAUGCCGACUGUAGUGGGGAUACUGUGCACGGGUGCAGCGUUCUCAGCGGCUGAUAACAGCAUGCUUGAUGAAAAUAUUCUCUACCGACUGAACAUUACGAAGCCAAAAGUACUAUUUCUAUCAAAGGAUGCAUACGAAAAGCACCAAGCAACACUGCGCAAAGUGGACUACAUAAAACAUACAAUCGUGUACACAGACGAGCACAUAGGACCUAUGAGUUUCAAGGAGUUUCUCACAGAACAUGCCCCAAUAGAAGAUUUCGAAGCGACUCCAGUGGAGGGAUGGAAAGAUAUUGCAAUAAUACAAUUCUCAUCAGGGACUACUGGGAUGCCUAAAGCUGCAAUAUUUACGCAUAAAAGUUUCAUGAUGGUUACUGGAACUGCUUUGUGCGACCAAAUGUAG